AUGUCGUACCGCUCCCCCUCUUCCGCCUUUAGGUCGUUCUCGCCGCAUCAAUCGUCACAAAAGGGGGCAAACGUAAGUCUCGUCCCCACCUGCUUUCGACCGGUCGUGCGAGGAGCUGGCCUGCGCUGGGGAGGCACGUUGACGUGGACGCGGACGCGGUCAGCGGCGACCAGCGCCUGCGAGCGCACACCCACUCGAUCCAUCGGAUCCUCCAGCAUAUGGAGCAGUGAUGUCCUGGCCGUGGUCAGCUCGACGUGUCCGCAUAGUAACAGGCGUACUGGGACGAUGGCGCGUGCCCACCCCCGCCCCGCCCCCGGCUCGCCUCGCCUCAGCCCGAACGAACCACAUCUUUGCACCCUAACGAACGGAGCUCGUUGCACUGACCUUCCGGAGAUUCCCAUUAUCGACCACAGCAUUAUUGUCUCGGCAGUUCCUCGGCUUGCCGCGAUCGAGGCUCGAGUCGCUGCUCGCGUCGUUCCCUCGCCUGGUGUCGCCGACCUCGGAGCACACCGUCGUCGAAGCUUCCGGCGCACGAUUCGUCUACACGCCCCUCGAGGACCUCUAUGUCCUCCUCAUCACCAACACUCAGUCCAACAUCCUGCUCGACCUCAGCACCUUGUCGCUCGUGACCCGCAUCGCGACCGAACUCGGCUCGGGCGGGCGCGGCGGAGCGAUCAGCGAGAUGGACGUGAUGCGCGUCAGCUUUGAGAUCCUCAGUGCGUGGGACGAGGUCAUCUCGUUGGGAUGGCGCGAGAACGUGAGCUUGCAGCAGGUGCGGAGUAUACUCGAGAUGGAGUCCCACGAGGAGAAGAUCCAGGAGAUCAUUGCCAGGGUCAGUUCGCCAUUUGCUCGCUGUUUUGACUUCUUAUACGAAGCGGGAAAUGCGUGCUCAACAACCUUGAGAACGUACUUGGUGCUACGACAGAACAAGGAACACGAGGCAAAGGAAGAAUUGAAGCGACGUGCCAAGCAACUCGAGCUGCAGCGCCGCGAAAUGACUCGCCGCGGUCAGAACCCUUAUUCGACCAACUCGUCUUCGGGCUUCACCUCUCCAAACAACUCGUACACGCCUUCGGCCCCCUCGUACGACGCACCGGCACCGCAACGAUCAUACGACGAGGAUCAUGCGCCGGCACCGACGACCAAGCCGUUCAAGACCAAGGGAAUGCAGUUGGGCGCCAAAGGUGGCAAGAACAAUACCGGCCUUGCACAGGCCUUGGAUGGCCUUGAUGCGGAGGAACCCCUUUUGAUGCAACGGCAGGCCGAGGAACCGCAAGAGCAGCACUACUCGUCCGCACCUUCGCCUGCCCCGGUUGCCGCGCCUGCAUCCACCGACGUUUCACCUUUCGAGGUGCCAGAGCAACAAGAGUCAGUCCACGCCUGGCUGGUCUACAUUCGAGCGAAAACAGGAGCUUGUGCUGAUCUCAUUGCUUCCACAGUGUCCACCUCGUCGUACGGGAAAGCCUCACACUCGAGCUGAACCGAGAUGGGGGCGUCGAAUCCCUGUCGCUCAAGGGUGAUCUUGAUCUGCGCAUUGCGGACCCGGCCAAGGCCGUUCUCGUGAUCGCCCUCCCCCCGCCAUCAUCAUACGGCAAGGCGAACGAUUUGCAGUUCAAGACCCACCCGAACGUCGACAAAAACGCAUGGACUCAGCGAGGCGAGAUCAAGCUCAAGGAGGGCAAGAAGGGUUUCCCCGUCGGGCAGGGUCUGGGCGUGCUCAAGUGGCGCAUGACCGGAACCGAUGAGUCGGUCAUUCCUAUUUCAAGUAAGUGCGAACUUUGAUUCACUUCCGCAAAAGAAAAAAGGUUUUUUUUGGACCCCUGUGUGCUAAAGCCCCUUUCCUUCGACCUGUCCCGGUGCGCAGUCAACUGCUGGCCCUCGUCCGACAACGGCAUCUGCACCGUCAACCUCGAGUACGAGCUCGAAAACACGUCCAUCGCAUUGCACAACGUCCUCAUCUCAAUCGCCUUGCCACCAGGGUCGCAACCUGCGCUGUCGGAGGCCCCCGCGAACGGCUCCUACUCACUCAACCCCGAGACGUCUCGCCUCGAUUGGGUCAUCGACGAGGUGUCGGUCGCGGCCGGCACAACAAGUGGCAGUCUCGAGUUCGAGGUCGACGGUGACGAUGUUGAUGCCUUCUUCCCCGUCGUUGUCGACUUUGUCAGCCAAAAGGGUCUCAGUGGCGUUGAGGUGAGCAUCGCAGUCUCCUUGCCCCCCCAUCCUAGCCCGGGCGUUCGCACGCGGCGGCCAUGAUCCUCGAUCCACACCGUGAUUCUAACGCUCAUUCAUUCCACUCCAUCCCAUAGAUUCUCUCCGUUACGAGCCCAGCCGACCAAAGCCAGGUCGACUUCUCGAUCGACUCCUUGCUUGCUGUCGACAAGUACGAGGUGGUGUGA